GAGGUGAUGAAGAAGAUACUAUUUAAUUAAUCAUUGGGAUGAGAACAAUUAAAUUGUUUCCAAUUGCAACCAAGAGACAAACGCUGGAUAACAAUAAACCCGGACUAAUAAUUUUGAAUAUAAUCUACCAACCGUUGAUUGUGAUUAAGAAAUAGAAACAGUAACAUAAUUAGAGAUGAUGAUGAGAGAGAAAUUAAUUGUGAUCAUAUAAAGGAAAGUUAAAAAGAGAGUAAAAAAUUAGCUGGUUAGUUGAUUGAAUUUCUGAAUAAUCAUAUUGCCCUGAUUUAAGGAGGAGAACAAGCUGAUUUACUGAUUGUUGUCUCUUUUCAGUUAAUUGUUGUCAUAAUCUUUAUCUAGAUUGAUCUAAAUUUCUCUUUCUUUUUGAAUUUUCUCAUCAAAACAAAUCACAAUCAAUGAGAAUCAACAAACCCAUGAAAAGUAUAAGCGGAUUUUCAUCUUUAUCAACAUCUUAUUGUGAAUUCAAUGUUACCUUUAAUCAUUAAGGAUCCUGGAAUCACAUGUAUACAGCCAUCGACUGAGUUUGCAUCAAUUUUUGUGUGACAGAAUUGAACAUUUUGGAUUAUCAGUAACACUUAAUUCACUUUAUUUCGACAACUAAAACACCAACAAUUAACUAAAUUAGAAUGUCUACAAUUCGUGUUUUAGGAGAUUUAGUUAUUUUCACCAUCGCCGUUCAUCUUAGUUUAUCUCAAUUGGUCUUUGCCAGUGUACCAAAAGCCGCUGCCGCUAAUUUAACGGCCUACAAUACACCUUAUGCUUAUUAUGAUUACGAACGAGAUCCUCGCCAAUGGAUGGGAACACCUUAUACACCUUAUGGGGCAUCAGUCGCUCCCCUGACCGGUGGAUUAGAAGCAAUUGCAAUCGGUCUUUUAAUUGCUCUUGGAAUUGGAAUAAUUGGAUUCCCAUUGGUUCUUCUCCUUUUCUCACUUUUCCUUGGAAAUUCUGGUUCAGGUCUCAGUUUUGUUCCACCGGCAUCAACAACCACCGUCACUGGCCGUAAACGACGAGAUGUCCUAAGUAACCUUUUCCCCCAAGUUCCACCUCAACUUCAAGAUCGAUUAGUGAAAAUGUUCAGUCAAUUCAGUGAAUCUCCUGAUAAAAUGGCCUUUAUCAAGAAAUACUUGGAAUCUUAAUCGAUCUCCUAAUCUACAAUCAUCAAACUUUUUCCAAAGUGAUAAAACUUUUUUUACCAUCUCAAAUUUUGUUAAUUUUUUCCCGAACUGUAAGCCCACCAAAAAGUAAUUGCAAUCAGUUGAUUAUAAAAUAAACAACCAACUGAAUUCAGUCAAUUAUGAUUAUCAUACUGUAAAAAGAAACUGUAAAAGCUCAUAAUCAAACCCAGUGACAUUUAAAAUUGAAACUUUUUUGUUGAGAAAAAAAUUAAUGCUAAACAUUGAAAACAUUUAAUAAUUAAGACAGAAAAUCAAUCGAAAUUGAAUAUGAGAAAAAUGUUGAACAAACUGACCAUUUAACAUUUCAAUCAUUUAAUACAUAGAAUUGAAUCAAAAGAAAUUGACAAUUAAUCAAUUAGUGAAUGAGAUGGAUUAUUGAGGAUUUUAAAAAGUGAUUUAAUUAUUAACGACUUGAAGCCGUUGCCAAGACAAACUUUGAAUUUUGUCAAGCAUCUCAAGCAGGAAUCUCGGCUUACAAUCGAUCCACUGGAACCACUUUUGGAACAGUUCAACGUUUCAUGAUAAGACAAUGUCUCUAGUUGCUGCUGGACCUUUAGAAGAUUCUUUCUAUGGUCAACUUCUGACUGCGCACUCGAAAAUACCAGUUGGCAAAGAAAAACAAAAUUCUACUCUCGGAGAUGCUCGACAGUUCUACGAUUGUCCUCAAUAGACAAUAGAUCACAAAUUUCUCUUAC